GGCUCAGAAAGUGCCAUGGGGACCGCCAUCAGCCUGGCUGGGCUCAAAGGCCAACAAGUGGUCUAUGACAGCUACUACUCGCCCCUCAGCACCUCAAGGCCUCGCGAGGGCCUGGAGGUCCACUUCUCGCUCCUCUCGGGGCAGGUGCUGACACUGACGCUGAGCCGCAAGGCCACGGUGCAAGCAGCGAGGCGGCAGAUCGCAGGUCUGUGCUGCGUCCCAGAUCAGGCCGUCCAUGUCAUAUGCGCCGGCGAACCUCUCCCAGACGAGUUGCGGCUGGUGGGCUUGGAGCAGACGCUGCACGUCAUCUUCAACUCCAGCCGCCUCAAGGGCCCUGUGAAGGGCCACGCGACGGCCGGCAUUUGGCACGGGCUGCAGGCGCGGGCGUUGCUGCUGAACCCGGUGCCGCGGGGGUCUUCGGGUGAGGGCACCUUCCAUAUUCACGAAGGUGGCAUGCAGUCCUUCCUCUACACCUCCCAUGAGAUCUACUCGCUCAGUGCCACCAAGAAGCCAGGAGGAGCCGGACGAAACUUCGCCAUCCGGAUCGAGGGCUUGGAGAAGUACCGAGCGAGAAUCCACCGGCCGUUGUCACACAAGGCCUAUGCCCUCUACGAUGACGCGACCAGCUCAGGAGCCCGCGAGAUGGGGGUUCUUUAUCUCCGCAGCAAGCGGCGCGUGGGCCCAUCGGACGUGGAGUUCGUCAUGCCCCGAGUGAACGAGGACGGGGCUGCGGCAUGCCUGCGAGCAUCGUCAGAGUCCAUUUGCCAGAGGUACGACCGGGGACGUGUGGAGCAUUUGCAAGUCUUGACUGGCAGCUGUGCAGAGUCGAGAAUUGAGCUUCGCUGGCAAGAUGACUGCAUUUUUGAAGCCCAAGCUGCGGACAACUCCUGGGCUGUCAGCUUUCAACACCCAUUGUCGCAUUUCCAAGCUUUUGGAAUCAUGAUUGGAAUGCUCGACAAUGCUUGCUUAGCGAGUUUUCACAAGUGAUGCAUGCAAUCGGCAGUCUCAGCCAACCUUCUAAUAACGAAGGCUUUGUGGAGGACAUUUGGAACA